AUUUUUCUAAUAACUAAAGGUAACACAGUUACUUGAUUGUACUAUAAAGUGGCACUAGGUACCUGGAAAAUACAUGAUACCGUCCUUUUAAUAAAUUCUUGAAGUAAAAAUUUGUUGUAGAUGGCAAAAAUCCUAUUUCCCUGGUCCAUGGUGUAGACUAAUCCUUCACUAAUCUAGUGUAAAUAAAUCAUAAUUGGGGUUUUCCAAUUAACCUAAAAAAUGUAGUGAGGACAUGAAGAAAGCAUUAUUGGUGAUCUUUAUAAUCUGAAGGUAAGGUGAAAAGAUUCUUAAUAAAACUGCUAAAUAAACUGUUUUUGAAGCAACAAAUCUCAAUCAUUUUCAUCUUUAAGUCCUAAUUGUAUUUGUAUCUUGUUCACUUUUUCAGACCAGAAAGGAAAAACAACAAAAACACAGAUCAGAUGAAAAUAGAUUAGAAAUCCAAACUUGGAAGGGUUAGGAUUCAGCUUCUUCAACUUCAGCAGAUGGAGCAGAAGGUUAUUAGCAGAUCAAUAUUUGUCAGUAUGAGGUGAUUGGAUUAUUUUGGCUCAUUAGCUCUUGUUUGCUUUAGUAAGUGCUGAAACCACUCAAUCAGAAAUACAAAGUGGUUCUGAGCAUAUGCUGACCAGCAGCUUAGUUCACAGACGUCACACCAUCAUUAUAGUUUCUAAGUCUGUUUGGACUAAGUCAGAUUCAUUUAUUUACCUUUAAAAUAUGUAUUUGUUUACAUAAAACAAGUGACAUGAAGAACGUUUUCUUUUGUUUUUAUCAUGAACUUAUGCCUUGAGUUGCUUCAUCAGUUGGAUGUUUCCAUUGUAAAACUAAAGAAGUGAGGAAGUGGGGCUGGGCUUGUGUUUGACGAAUGUUGGGUUAUAAAAGGAGGCGACUCCUUUCACUCUGCCUCACACCAACAAGCUCUCAGCUGCCUCUGCUCUUCGUCUUCAUCAGAGCUUCACCUCCUGCUUCGACUCCUGACAAUUGUCCUCCGGCAUGGCAGCGCUGUGGCUCCAGUCCUUCUCCCUGCUGGUCUUACUGGUUGUGUCGUGGCCCGGCUCCCAGGGCGUCGCACCGCCGCAGCAUCUGUGCGGUUCUCACCUGGUUGAUGCUCUCUACCUGGUCUGUGGGGACAGAGGCUUCUUCUACAGCCCCAAGAGGGAUGUGGACCAUCUUCUGGGGUUCCUCCCUUCAAAGACAGGCACAGGGUCGACUCACGGCGGUGAGAACGAGGUGGCUGAGUUGGCCUUUAAGGACCAGAUGGAGAUGAUGGUUAAGAGGACAGGCAUCGUCGAGCAGUGCUGCCACAGGCCCUGCAGUAUCUUUGACCUGCAGAACUACUGCAACUAAUCGGCGUGCAGACAGUCCAGGUGGAGCCAGUGACUGAGCGCAGCUUGAUUUGUUGGUUAAUUUAGAGUGAACCCCAUCCCAGCAGCGUGGAUCUCUUUCGGAGAACCAUUUGCAGUCAACGACGUACUGAGAGAUGGAUUAUUUUUGCAAGAAAAUAAAGUUUUAUGAUUUGAGACAACA